AUGCCGUGGCCAGCCUAUAUCUCCAAUACGUUUGAUGCUAUCCCUGGAGGGGUUAACGGCGCAACCGAUGAAUCGCUGUUCUAUGGACCAUACAACACCCUCCUGACAUACCUAUUUCCACCCACUGACAACUACAUGAUAUCGCCUCGGUUCAAGCGACCGCCUGAGGGCUGGUCCAUCGACUUCACCACGGUCUUCAUCGUCCAAAGAGCGUUUCACCCUGUAUUCUUCCUUGAAAUCAAGCCUCCUGGUGACUACACGCAUCGCUCGUCUCGCGCUGCCGCGGACGACCAGAUGAGGACAUGGUUCUUCGAUCUUGCGGAUGUAGUGGAACUUCCCGUCAUACAUGGCGUGAGCGCCCUUGGGACCCGCCUCUGCUUUUACUCGUACACCCGCGACAACAACGUCUUGGACCCUCCCCGCAUUCCUCCGGAUGUCGAGCGCAUGAACGACGUUGCACCUGCUGCACGAUGGAAUUUCGAUAUAUUGUCAGACGAGGGUGUGGCGAGGAUGACGCAGGUUGCAAAUGAGGUGAAGGCCAUGGUAGCCCAACAUGCAUGGUAA